AUGCAACCAUCACUGCCAGCCUUCCACUUCUCCAACCUGCUCAGUCCGCUAUCCCAGGCUGCUCAACCCGACCCGGAAGCCUCAAAGGGUGACGCCGCCAUGGCAAGCGUGUCAGUCACCGUCAUCAAGCCCAACGGGCCCCUCCCUGGUGCUCAGGCCUCGCCUUCGUCGAAUGAACUGCCGCGUCCCUACAAAUGUCCUCUUUGUGACAAAGCCUUUCAUCGUCUCGAACACCAGACCCGACACAUUCGCACUCACACGGGCGAAAAGCCACACGCCUGCCAGUUCCCUGGCUGCAGCAAGAAGUUUUCCCGCUCGGAUGAGCUGACCCGUCACUCGAGAAUUCACAACAAUCCAAACUCGCGCCGUGGCAACAAGGGCCAGCACCACCCGCACCACCCGCACCAUGCGCACCACCCGCAUCACCAGCACCACCAAGCCCUGCCUCCGCAUAUGCUCCACGAGGGCAUGAUGGCACCCCCGCCGGCCCCUAAAACGAUUCGAUCGGCUCCCACGUCGACCCUGGCCUCGCCCAACGUGUCUCCUCCACACUCGUUCGCCUCGUUUGCCCAGCACCCUCACCACAACGUACACAGCAGCUACAGCCGCGCUGGUGACACGUCGAUGCUUGCAAAGGCGGCGACCCAGGUCGAGCGUGAGACACCUGCCGCCCCCGUCAGCCGCGGCCCCCGGCAAUACUUUGGUCACGGCCUGCACAGCUCCCGAGGUCACCCCAAUGGCCUGUCAUCGUACCACAUGGCCAGGUUUCAUUCCAACGAUGACCACGACGACCACUACAACGGAGCUCUGCGCCACGCCAAACGCUCGAGGCCCAACUCGCCCAACUCAACCGCGCCCUCCUCACCCACCUUUUCUCACGACUCACUCUCUCCUACCCCUGACCACACGCCAAUCGCGACUCCGGCUCACUCCCCUCGCCUGCGGCCGUUUUCAGGCUACGAGCUGCCCAGCAUCAGAAACCUGUCUCUGGCGCACAACACCACGCCAGCGUUGGCGCCCAUGGAGCCUCACCUGGAUGCCCCUCCUCCAUUCACCCCCCAACUGAACGCUCCUCGCAGCCACGGCAUAUCUUUGACGGACAUCAUCAGCCGCCCGGAUGGUGCUCAAAGGAAGCUGCCAGUUCCGCAGGUUCCCAAGGUGGCGGUUCAUGAUUUGCUCACGGAAACCGGGUUCAGCAACAGCGGCAGGAGCUCCGCCACUGGCAGCUUGGCUGGAGGUGAUCUCAUGGAUCGCGUCUAG